CCAUUCUGCCCUACCACCAUUACUGAGUGGAAAGCCUUCAUUUCUCACCAGUCGUCUCUCUUGAUCAGAAAGAAAGAAAGAAAGAAUGGGAACGGUAGGGAAAGCAAUAUACUCCCUUGGAGCCAUCGUUCGUAAGACCGGUCAAGCCCUUGAUCGCGUUGGCAAUCUCCUUCAAGGCAGCUCCCACAUAGAGGAACACCUGUCUAGGCAUCGGACUCUUAUGAACAUAUUUGAUAAAGCUCCAGUGGUGGAUAAGGAUGUCUUUGUAGCUCCAGGUGCCUCGGUCAUCGGAGAUGUCAGUGUCGGGCGCAAUUCAUCGAUUUGGUAUGGAUGUGUGCUAAGAGGUGAUGUUAAUAACAUCAGUAUUGGAUGUGGUACCAAUAUACAAGACAACUCCCUUGUUCAUGUGGCCAAAUCAAAUAUAAGUCAAAAGGUGCUUCCCACCAUUAUAGGGAACAAUGUCACUGUUGGUCAUAGUGCUGUUGUACAUGGCUGCACCAUUGAGGAUGAGGCCUUUAUUGGUAUGGGAGCCACACUGCUUGAUGGUGUCCAUGUAGAGAAACAUGCCAUGGUUGCUGCAGGAGCCCUUGUGAGACAGAACACAAGGAUCCCCUCCGGAGAGGUAUGGGCAGGCAAUCCAGCUAAAUUUCUGAGGAAGCUAACUGAUGAAGAGAUAGCCUUCAUUGCCCAGUCGGCAACCAAUUACUGUAACCUUGCUCGUGUUCAUGCAGCUGAGAAUUCCAAGUCCUUUGAUGAAAUUGAAUUUGAAAAGAUGCUUCGUAAGAAGUAUGCCAAAAAAGAUGAGGAAUAUGAUUCUAUGAUUGGUGUUGUCCGUGAAACACCUGCCGAGCUUGUACUUCCUGAUAAUAUUCUCCCUGAAAAGGCUGCAAAGAGUGUUGUCCAAUAAGAUUUGUGCCCAGGCAACUCUCCUUUUUGCUUUCCAGAGAUUUAUUUUACCCCGUGAGCAUCUGUAUGGGAUAAUCAUGGAUAUUGGUUGUUGCCCUUCCAAAUAAUACCAAACUUGUUGGGUAGCAUCGCUAUGUCAGUGCUUGUAGUUAAGACUUUUGCCUCCGGUUUCCCAGGUACUUCUUCAGCUUGGAAAAGGAACUUAAUUACGCUCAGAAGCCAUAUGCAUUUGGUGCUUGUAACUCAGAAAUCGUUUUCAUAGAUGAAAUUGCUAAAUUGUACUUGGAAUAACAUAAGACAUUGACAGCACAUUCUAAAAUUACUUCUUAUCAGUUGAAGCAUUUCUGUUGGCAAUGCCAUUCUUGUGGACUUUCCUAAUCA